GGCCCAUUCUCUUCGUGAUUGGUGGAGCCCACCAGAUCAACUCGUCGCAUGCGCUUCUAAUCCUUUCCUCAAGAUAACCGGAACUCCCAAUCCUCUUUGCUUCGAGCCCUCGUUUUCUCAUUUCUCUCUUCAAUGACUCAGCUUCUCUUUCGUUGUUUGCCUACUCUCAGUCCUCCCAUCUCUUCUUCUGCUUCUCCUUCCCCAACCAUUUUUCUCUCAUUCAAACCAAUAUCCUCAUACCAACGAAUAAAACCCAUCUCUGCAAAAGUCCCAGCAAGAGACAGAAUCAUAGAUUUCGGAAAAUACAAAGGCAAAAUGCUCGGAACCCUCCCGUCCAAAUACCUCAAAUGGGUGUCCAAAAAUCUCCGGGCCCGAGAUUUCGAAGAGUGGGCGAAGCUCGCCGACGAGGUUUUGCAGGACCCAGUUUACAGAGAUAGAUUGGAAUGGGAAUUCGCAGAGAAAAUCCUCAACGGCGACGAAUCGAGAGCCUCCAGAACUGAAAGCCCUGUGUCAGAUUUGCUGGAGAUUAGUGAGAGGUUUGGUUGGGAUAACGAGGACAAGGCUGCUUGGAAUCGACUUGAUUUCGGGCUUAUCGGGACGUCGAAGGGUGGUCGGAUUCCAAAAGUUGGGGUUUCUGAGGGCGGAAAAUCGGUGUUGAGAGGUGAGAGGGAAUUGGGUUUUUCGAAGAUGGGGAAAUUGGGGUCUUUCGAGGAGGAUUUGGUAUUGAAACGGGAGAGAAAAGUUGGAUUUUUGCAAGAAGAAUCGAGGGCUCGGGCCGAUGAAGAAAUGGGUUCUCUGGAGAAGGGGUUGGGAUUAAGAAGGGAGAGAAAGAUCGGUUAUUUGAGCAGAGAUUCUGUGGUUUCUCGGAUCCAGGAAGCAGGUCCUUUGAAGAAGGAUGCGGGUUUGGAAAGUCAGAGAAAACUGGGUUCUUUGGAUAGGAAUUCAAGGUUUUCUCGGAUUGAAGAGAUGGGUUCUUUGGAAACGAAUUCCGAGUCCCGGAAAGUGGCUCCAGUAGGAUAUCUGAGGGAGGAAUCCAGGGCUUCUGAGCCCAGAAUGGAUGAUUUCGACGGGAGAAAGGUCAGGUUUUUAAGCAAGGGUGUCAGUUUUUAUGAUGUGAAUGAGGAAGAGGGUUUUGAAGAAGAGAUUGUUAGAGGGAAGAGAGAAGUAAGGAGGGAGAGACAGAGAUUUAACAGAGGUAUGCAAAUGCAGAAAUUGAAAAAGGAAGUUGGAGUGAAGGAAGAUAGAGGUGAUAGGAAUGGAAUUCAAAAACAGAAUCACAGAGGGACUUCGAAUCCAUUCCCUGGACGUGAAGCCCUGCUGAGAAAGGCCAACAGACAAGAUUGAUACGACUGGUGAUUUUGUAUAAAUCAGGUUUUGUUUUUCUUUCUUGUAACGAAGGUUUUCCCUGCAAGGGCCCUGGGGCACAAGCCUAUCCAUUGUAUCACUACUCCUGUGAAUUUUGAAUUCUAUGGUCUUGUUUGGAUAAAAAUGAAAAUCUUCUAUUUAUAACUU